GCGCAGUGGACGCAGUUGCAGCCACCAGCCCCGGGAGGCGUCUAGCACAGCCCCUCUCCUCCCUCCCUCCCUGUCGGGCUGCAUCCUUGUCCCACCUCCAUCCAGCCCUCUUUUCCGCCCCCUGCAUUUCCCUGAACCGAUUCGACUUCCCCCCGCCUUGGUCUCGUUUUUUGCUUCUGGAAUAGCGCCUGCCAUGGCUCCAUCCUUCCGGCCCAGCAAAAACCGAUCCGGCCGAGAAGACGAGGAUUUUUGCGAGCCGAAGGGGGAUCGGAAGGCGAGGAAGCCUCUGGUGGAGAAAAAGCGGCGGGCCCGGAUCAACGAGAGCCUGCAAGAGUUGAGGCUUAUCCUCGCCGACGCCGAGUUUCAGACGAAGAUGGAGAACGCAGAAGUGCUGGAGCUAACGGUGAAACGGGUGCAGGGCAUUUUGCAGAACCGGUCUCUAGAGACGGACAAGCUGCACCGCGAGGCCAGCGAGCGCUUCGCCGCCGGUUACAUCCAGUGCAUGCACGAAGUGCACACUUUCGUCUCCAGCUGCCCGGGCAUCGACGCCACCAUCGCGGCCGAGCUGCUCAACCACCUCUUGGAGUCCAUGCCCCUCAACGAAGGCGGUUUCCAGGACCUGCUCGUGGACGCGCUGUCGGACCCGGCGGGCAUCUGCUCGCCGGCCGGCCUGGCCCCCGCCGCCCUGAGCCAGCUGGCCGGGCCCUUGGCCCCGUCCCCGGCCCCCAGCGAGGAGGUGGGCUCCGAUCCCGAAGACCCCGACGGCGAGCUCAGCCCCAUCUCCCCGGACGGGCUGGACCCUACUUCCCGGACACACAACCUGCCCAACGCCAGCCUUUCCAAAUCCAUGUGGAGGCCCUGGUAGUGGACACUGCACUGGCCGAGGCAACCGUCACCUACCUACCCACCCACCUACCUACCUAACACGACAGGCUGGACCACUGACUGGCCUUGGA